AUGAGUACCGCCAUCUUCACACGCCCAAAGGCUUCGGUGGCACCGGAUUCAUCGUCUAAACCCAGCCAACCCAGGGACCCAGAACCACAAUUACUGAGCCAGCACCACCACAACAACGAUCAUCAUCAUCAUCAUCAUCAUCUCAAUGGUACCGACGACGACAUUCACCUGACAGAAUUGGAACAGGAAUCAGGCCAAGGCCCCUCGCCUUCCCAAUCUCAGAAUAUUAGCAACCCCAACAACUCCAGUCUUUCUGAUCUCAUCUCCAAUAAUAAUGCUUCCAUAAAUACCGAAGCCACCACCAUGUCCAACGUUGAAGAGGAAGCAGGGUCCAGUCCGCAAAUCCCAACAACAAUAACAUCAUCGUCUCAAGAAUUCGUCGCCAGAUCUAACCAAGUACCGCUACAUUACCACCAAUCCCAUAAUAUAGAAGCUCCUCCCCACUCCAACAAUAACUCUAAUAAUUCCAUUCUGCUGACAAAAGAAGAACAACGACUUGAUGUAUUGAACCUCGACGCCAGUGAAUUACAAACUUCAUUUAAUGUCAAAGUACGCGCGUCGUCUGAGCCUUUUGUCCUCCAGUAUGUCGAAAAAUUGGUCGAUCUGAUAUCUUCGUGUCACGAACACGAUAAACUGUCAGCCCCUAUAGACCGAGCAUUCCCAAUUUCCAAAAUCGCAACUCCAUCACAGCUUCCAGCCGUUUCUUACCCAGCAACCACCGACUCAAAAACCACAGCGGUCAAAAUCAUCCACAAUGACGACCAACUUUCGACAACUCGUCGUAGAACGUACCCUCAGGAUAUCGACCACGCGUUUGACCAUCCCUCCAUUCAACAGUCUUCAACCCUUAAAAAUGACCAUACGCUCAAUGACUCUGCCAACCAAGAAAUUCAAAGAAUGAAAUUUAUGAUUUUGAACAAGCGCGAGAGUAAGAAAAAUAAGCGAAACUUUCUUGAUGAUGAUAAAGUUUUGGUGGGCAAUAAAGUGUCUGAAGGUCACAGCAAUUAUAUCAUGGCCUAUAACAUGUUGACAGGUAUUCGAGUCGCGGUUUCCCGUUGUUCUGGGAUCAUGAAACCUUUGAAAGAACAAGACUUCAAAGCUUCGAAAAAGCUCACUUUUGAUAUAACCGGUAAUGAACUAACGCCGUCGUCAAGAUACGAUUUCAAGUUUAAGGAUUAUUCGCCAAAUGUGUUUAGGGAGUUACGCGAGCUUUUUGGCCUCGAUCCCGCAGACUAUUUGGUGUCAUUAACCGCAAAGUAUAUUUUAUCCGAGGUCAAUUCUCCUGGUAAAUCGGGGUCGUUUUUUUAUUAUUCUAGAGAUUACAAAUUCAUCAUUAAAACAAUUCAUAGAUCAGAACAUAUCACUCUUCGAAGAAUAUUGAAAAGUUAUCACCAACAUGUCAGAAAUAACCCGAAUACUUUGGUUUCACAAUUUUAUGGGUUACAUCGUCUCAAAAUGCCGAUUAAUUUCUCAGGUCAAAAACGGAAAAUUUACUUUAUCGUGAUGAACAACUUAUUUCCUGCCAACAAGGAAAUCCAUAGAACUUAUGAUUUGAAAGGAUCACUAUGGAAGCGGGAAACUUUGGUUAAAGAAGAACACAAAAAACAUAAAGCGGUGCUUAAGGACCAGAACUGGCUUGCCAACAACCAGCAUAUGCUUCUUGGACCAAAGAAAAAGAACAAGUUCUUGGAGCAAAUAGAGAAAGAUGUGGCAUUUUUGAAAGCAGCAAACAUUAUGGAUUAUUCGUUGCUCGUGGGGAUUCAUGAUUUGGCAAUUGGUAAUGUGACCAACCAAAAUUUCAGCGUGUUUUAUCCGAAAGAUUCUACCAACCGUGAUGCCAUUAACUCUACCAAUCCCAUACCGGUCGAUGAAGUGGAGGUGGUUGGUCAGCAACUGAUUAGACCCAUGAACGAUUCGGAAAGUGUGAAAUUGACCAGUGUUCAGCAGCAACAACAACAAUUUUAUUUCUACAAUUUUGAAUGUGGGUUUAGAGGGACCAAUGAUCGUGAUAUUCCUACUGACGAGAUUUAUUAUUUGGGGAUUAUUGAUUGUCUAACCAACUACUCAUAUAUCAAGAGGGCAGAAACCGUUAUUAAAGGGUUUUAUCAAAAUAGAAAGCAAAUCAGUGCGGUGCCUGCUGCAGAGUAUGGUGAUAGAUUCUUGAGUUUUAUUAAAGAAAAAGGAUUCAAGAAGUGA